UGACCUACGCCAUAUCUCAUUCCUCUCCUUCCCGUAGAAUCUCUUAUUUCGAUCGAGUAAGGCUCCUUCUUAGGUCAGUUCAAAAUGGAGGCAGAACUUCAAGCUCAAAUCCCCGGUCUUGACCACGUAAUUUCGGAAUAUUCCGUGGGAUAUUUAACCCAUGCAUCCAGAGCUUAUGUCGAUGAUGAUGCUACUGGCCGUUCCCCGCUGUCGGAGGCUGCUGACACCGUCACCGAAUUACUUGUCUCCGCAUCCGGGGACUUUACGUCUCAGAAUGAAGAGGCCAUACGCAAUCUCGUGGAGAGAUUCAUCACUUCUUUGAGUGCCUCUGAUGGUAUUGAUCCGGAACGGAGGCAAAUGCCAUUCACAGCAAAGAAACUCGAUCAGGCUAUCAAUGUCGCUUCUCAGCGAAACAUAUCCACCACUCUUGGCCUGGCAGGAGGUAAUGUCGACCUGGAAUCUGCCAACUCUAGAAAGGUCGAGUCCCGCGUUGAUCGCAAGAAACUUGAGAAGGCGGAGCGGAAGAUCCGUGCCAAACAAGAGAAGAAGCAGAUGAAGACUGUCCAGUAUGAAUCUUCUCGCCUGCUCAACCAGCCGACGGAAGCCAUGUCAUACGAGGAAUUCUAUAUGGCUGUCAACCCGCUGCAGUUGGGCACCGAUUCUCAAUCAAAGAGCAAGGAUAUCAAACUCGAUCGGAUCGACGUCUCUAUCGGCGGAAAUCGCAUAUUGGUCGAUGCUUCAUUAACUCUGGCUUAUGGUCGACGAUAUGGUCUUGUAGGUCAGAACGGUAUAGGAAAGAGUACGCUUCUGCGGGCUUUGAGUCGUCGAGAAGUGGCCAUUCCCACCCAUAUAUCUAUCCUUCACGUCGAGCAAGAGAUCACCGGUGAUGAUACUCCUGUUCUUCAAGCUGUGUUGGAUGCUGACGUGUGGCGGAAACAUUUGCUCCUUGAGCAAGAUAAAACCACAAAGAAACUCGCAGAAAUCGAAGCCGAGCGAUCCUCGUUGGCAGAUACGUCUACAGAUGCAGCAAGAUUGGAUCACGAGCGGGAAGGCCUUGACAUUACUUUGACAGAUAUUCAUGAGAAACUUGCCGAGAUGGAAUCAGACAAGGCUGAAUCUCGCGCUGCCAGUAUCUUGGCUGGUCUUGGUUUCUCGCCCGAGGCGCAGCAGUACCCGACCAAGACAUUUUCUGGAGGUUGGAGAAUGAGAUUGGCUCUGGCCCGAGCUUUGUUCUGUGAACCUGAUUUGCUUCUUCUUGAUGAACCUUCAAACAUGUUGGACGUGCCAUCUAUUACUUUCUUGUCCAAUUAUCUCCAAUCAUAUCCUAGCACUGUCCUUGUUGUCUCUCAUGAUCGGGCGUUUUUGAAUGAAGUUGCAACAGACAUCAUCCAUCAGCAUUCCGAGAGGUUAGACUAUUAUAAGGGAGCUAACUUCGACUCUUUCUAUGCAACCAAGGAGGAAAGAAAGAAGAAUGCAAGGCGCGAAUAUGAGAAGCAGAUGACGGAAAGGGCACACUUGCAAGCCUUCAUCGACAAGUUCCGAUACAAUGCUGCGAAAUCCUCAGAAGCACAAUCGAGAAUCAAGAAACUCGAACGAAUGCCGGUCUUGCAACCCCCGGAAAGCGAAUAUGUCGUACAUUUCAAAUUUCCCGAGGUCGAGAAGCUUUCUCCUCCCAUUAUCCAGAUGUCUGGCGUUUCCUUCGGAUAUUCGAAGGAUAAAGUGCUCCUUCAGAACGUCGAUCUGGAUGUUCAGCUUGACUCUCGCAUAGGCAUCGUUGGGCCCAACGGCGCCGGUAAAACCACCAUGCUGAAAUUGCUUACCAGCCAACUGGAACCGUCGUCCGGUAUAAUAUCUCAAAACCCCCGGUUACGGAUUGGUUACUUCGCUCAGCACCACGUGGAUGGUUUGGACCUUACCACCAGUGCUGUGAGCUUUCUGGCGAAAAAGUUUCCGGGGAAGACAGAUGAGGAAUAUCGACGACAUCUGGGAGCGUUUGGUAUUACUGGGACGACUGGCCUUCAGCGAAUGGCACUUCUGUCCGGUGGUCAGAAAUCUCGUGUUGCUUUCGCCUGCUUAUCCUUGACAAACCCCCAUAUCCUUGUUCUCGAUGAACCUUCCAACCAUUUGGAUAUUGAAGGUAUGGAUGCCUUGUCAGAUGCGUUGCGGAACUUCCAGGGAGGUGUCCUCAUGGUAUCUCACGACGUGACAAUGUUGCAAAAUGUUUGCACGAGCCUCUGGCUCUGCGACAAGGGGACUGUACAUCAGUUUGAUGGUACCAUUAAUGAGUACAAGAAACUCAUCAGCUCUCAAGCAAGUGAGACUGGAGUGGUGAAACAUCAUUGAGCUAAGUUUGAGUAGAUCAAGGUCUGCCUCUAUCUUGUCACCUGUAAAGGACCUUGAGUGAAAGUGUAUAUAGAUCAUGUGUUAUGUCUCUGACAUAUGAAAUGGCAUGUCCCCAGGACGUCUAUGCAAUACAGUAAUAAAAAAAAGGGACCGAUGAUGCCUCAGAGAAACUGUCUGCUCUCUUCCUCAUCUUGCUCAUUCUUUCCCACCUCUCUCAAUCGCGACUUGCUCGUAAUCAAUCGUCUUCCUUCGUUCAGUCUUCUAUCAUAGUCACAACACAACAUACAGCCCAAGAUAUGAGCUCGGAUUUCGAUGACACAGCGUCCUCAGAGGGAACGAGCUUGUCAGACAUGGAGGCUAAGCCUCUCAGUUCGCUCCUGAGGUUGCAACCGAGUCAUCCAGUAUAUUGCAAAUUUCACUUCAGCUUGCAGAUCACUUGCCGAAAAAGUAUUGCCAUCAGAAUCCUCAAUACGGAGUGGUCACCGUUAGAUUUGAAGUAGAGCUUCCAUUGGAUCUAUGGUCAUGAAGGCGUUGCUUACUCGGAGGGAGGAUCAUGACGGGACGCUGGCAGGAUAUGAGAGGUAGGAUGGAUAAGGGACCGUUCAUAUUUUGGGGCGUAUGAGAUAAGAGGGUGUACUCGAUCAUGAACAUUUACGAUACACUAUCUACAUAAGUCGUUGGUAACUGAAAAUUGUGAACG